AUGGCCCGCCUGGAUCGUAUGGUCGUCGCUCGCCUGCGACUCCACGUAUGUCUGUUCGAGCUGCUGUAUAAGCUCGUCGACCAAUUUGGCGCGUGGCGGCGGCGGCGCUACGCGCAGCAAAUAUCGAUGGAUGAUCUUAGCGUCGUUGCUCGCGUAAAACCCCUUGUGGUACUUGGUGGCGAAUACGAUGAGCCCAUCUUCCACGAAUAUAUUGCGGUGCCCCCUAUCGGUGUUGCGAUGGCGGAUACUCAACAACUCUGGUGCGCGUCCGGGCUGGCCGGCGGUAACAUGGACUAG